UUUACAACAAUGCCACCGUAUUCUCAUUUCCUUCUUCAAUCGAUCAAUCUGUCAAUAAAAAAAAACAGUUAUUAACUAACUAACUACCACAUUCUCUCCAUUUUCUUUCUUCUCUCUUACUCAAAUGGCACGAGUGAACCUGGACGGAAACCCAAUCCCGCCGGUAUCAAUAUGCAUGAUCGGCGGCGGUGGAUUCAUCGGAUCACACCUCUGCGAAAAGCUAAUGUCCGAAACUUCUCACAAAGCCAUAGUUAUUGAUGUAUCUUCCGACAAAAUCAAUCACCUCCUUCAUAACUCUCUUCCUUGGGCUAACCGUAUCGAGUUCCAUCACAUGAAUAUCAAGAACGAUUCGCGCCUUGAAACUCUCAUCAAAACCUGCGAUCUUACUAUCAAUCUUGCUGCGAUUUGCACUCCCGCGGAUUAUAAUACACGGCCUUUGGACACUAUUUUCAGUAAUUUCAUUGAUGCCAUUCCGGUGAUUAAAUUUUGCACUGAGAAUAACAAGCGUUUGAUUCAUUUUUCCACUUGUGAGGUGUUUGGGAAAACUAUAGGUAGCUUUCUGCCUGAGGAAUAUCGAAAGGACCCCCAAUAUUACGUGCUCAAAGAAGAUGUUAGUCCUUGUAUUUUUGGUCCUGUUGAGAAACAAAGAUGGUCUUAUGCAUGUGCAAAGCAAAUGACAGAUAGGCUAAUUUAUGCUGAGCAUGCGGAGAAUGGCCUAAAGUUCACUAUUGUGAGACCUUAUAACUGGAUUGGGCCUAGAAUGGACUUCAUUCCUGGUGUGGAUGGCCCAAGUGAUGGUGUCCCCAGAGUUUUAGCUUGUUUCAGUAAUAAUCUCCUGCGGGGCGAGCCGCUCAAACUCGUUGAUAGUGGACACUCCCAGAGAACUUUUCUCUAUAUCAACGAUGCAAUUGAAGCUGUUAUGUUAAUGAUUGAUAACCCUGACAGGGCAAAUGGACACAUCUUUAAUGUGGGAAACCCAGAUAAUGAAGUAUCUGUGAAGGAACUAGCUGAGCUUAUGAUACAGGUAUAUGCCAAAGUGGCUGAUGUACCUGCCUCUAGUUUAUCAACUCUGGAUGUGAGUUCAGAGGAAUUCUAUGGUAAAGGCUAUGACGACAGCGAUAGGCGCAUCCCAGACAUGACAAUUAUCACAAGGCAGCUUGGUUGGAAGCCAAGUACAUCUCUUGAUGAACUGUUGGAUUCUACUCUCCAAUAUCAACAUCAGACAUAUUCUCAUGCUAUCAAGACAGAACUAUCAAAACCUUCAACUUGACUAACUGCAACAAGUUGAAUUGAAGAUUUAGUUUACUUCUUAUUUUUAUGUAAACAUGUCACUGCCAUGAAUGAGAGGCAAUCUGAUAAAUGUAUAUGAUGCACUAAUUGUGAAGUCUAGAUCACAAGUCUAGUGUAGUAUAUCUAUAGUCAUAUAUCUUCUGCUAAUUCUUCUUGUAACUCUAGCUUUUUUAUGCAAAUCCUUCCCUUUUUUGUCUUU